AUGGUAGACAAAGUCCACGACACCGGUGGCGACUCGCUCCAGACAUAUAUGUCUAACAAACGCAAUUUUUCAAAUUUUUCAAUUUCGCCAAAAGUUGCUGAUAAAAAGUCAAAAAAAUUCGUUACACCUAAUCGGUAUGCCGCCUUGUACUCUGAUGAUUCUAGUGACAACAUAUUUAAUACAUCCACCAACAGUGCGACAGUUUGCAACGAAAAAUCAGGUCCUGCAAAACAAAAUAUCGAGCAGCCUACGCUCGAUACACAAGACGUCACGCCACCUCCGUUUUACAUCUCCAACAUCUCAAAUUUCUCCGCCUUCACAAAUGAGCUAACAAGGUUGACCGGUCCAAACGCAUUUACCUUUUUCAUACUUUUCAAGCUCGCGUUAAUCGCUCAUUAAGAGUCGCAAUA